AGUCCGCGGGAACCGGGCUUCCCGGGGGCGGGGGGGCCCAUCUCCGCGGUGGUGGCUGCAGCCCCCUCCGACGGGCCCCUGUCAAACGGGGUCUACCUACCCCCCAGCGCGGCCAACGGAGAUGUCAAACCCGUGGUCUCCACCACUCCUCUGGUAGACUUCCUGAUGCAGCUGGAGGACUAUACGCCUACGAUCCCAGAUGCUGUCACAGGCUACUACCUCAACAGAGCUGGAUUUGAGGCCUCUGAUCCGCGCAUCAUUCGUCUCAUCUCACUGGCAGCCCAGAAGUUUAUUUCGGACAUUGCCAAUGAUGCCCUGCAACACUGCAAGAUGAAGGGCACAGCUUCUGGCAGCUCCCGCAACAAGAGUAAGGAUAAGAAGUACACGCUGACCAUGGAGGACCUGAUGCCAGCGCUUGCAGAGUACGGCAUCAAUGUGAAGAAGCCGCACUAUUUCACCUAGCGUCAGAGCUGAGCAGCAGGCCCUGCCGUGGGCCUGGCCCCUCAAUGGGUGAAGGGCGGGAGCUCUGCUCUGGUCUGUUAUUAAACAGUUGAUGUUAGCUGGUG